AGGAAAAAAAGGAAGAAGAAUAACGGAAGUGCUCAUGUGUUGUCAACGAGAAGUCGCAUGUGUUUAAUCUUCAGUGUUUAGGUUACCCUUUUCCUACAAACUUGUUUACCGAAAAGAUGACUGCCCAGGAGGUGCGUCUGUGUGGUCUGCUGCUGCGAGAGCAUUUUGGUGAAGUGGUGGAGAAAGUGGGAACACACCUGCUGAGAAAUGGAACACAGAAUUUAAGAACCAUCAUUCAUGAGACUGGCAUCCCAGUGGACUUGGUAAAGAAGUCUCUGUGUGUGCUUGUGCAGCAUGGAGCCUGUGUGUUCAGCUCAGGCCGUAAAGGACCUGGGAGCCCUACAGAGUAUCAGACCGGCUGUGAUCGGAUCCUGAGAAUUCUGCGAUACCCACGUUACAUCUACACUUCUAAAACACUGUAUGGCGACACUGGAGAGCUAAUCAUAGAGGAGUUACUACAGCGAGGUCAUAUGACCAUGAGCAGUACAGUGAAGACUGUGGCUGACCGCCUCACACAGAACAUGGAGGAGGGACACAGCAUGGAUUACAGUGAAGUGUCUUCCACCUUCUCCAAACUGGUGGAGACUCAUUUUCUUCAGCGCUGCCCUCCACUUGCACAAAAAACAGAUGUGAUGACUACAGCUACUCCUGCUACUCCUGGUGCCCCUGCUGACCCGGUUAGCACCACUCUGUCUACACCAGAGAGUUUCCCUGACUGCUACAAGGUACCUCACGUGACACUCAUCGGGCGAGGCAAGCGUCAACUCUCCGGUGACGAUGGAGAGGACCAAAAGAAUGCAAAGAAGGCUCGGCUAGAUUCAGAUACACAUGGUGACGAGGGGAUUUACUGGCAGGUGAACUUUGAGAGGUUCCACCUCCACUUCAGAGACCAGGCUAUCAUCAGUGCUGUAGCUAAUAAACUGGACCAGACUACCAGUGAGAUAGUGAGGACUAUGCUGAGGAUGAGUGAGGUGAUGACUGCACCCACAGCCACCUGCACAAAGCCCCUGUCAGCCAAUGAGAUCUUCAGGUCCCUCCCAACCAGCUACAACAUCAGCAGACCCAUCUUAGACCAGUACCUCACUCUGCUGGUGGAUGAUCCGAUGGAGUUUGUGGGGAAGGCUGGUGAAAGUGGAGGAGGGGUGUAUGUUGUCAAUCUGCACAGAGCGCUGGCCAAUCUGGCCCGGGCCACACUUGAGUCUGUUGUUCAGGAGAGAUUCGGCUCCCGUUCAGCACGCAUCUUCCGUCUGUUGCUAAGGAAACGUCACCUGGAGCAGAAGCAGGUGGAGGAUUUUGCCAUGAUUCCAGCCAAGGAGGCUAAAGACAUGCUGUACACACUGCUUUCACAAAACCUGGUCCAGCUACAGGAAAUCCCAAAGACACCAGACUAUGCUCCCUCUCGCACCUUUUAUCUUUACACCGUUAGCCAACUCCCAACUGCAAGAAUGCUGCUACAGAACUGCUACAAGACAGUGGCCAACCUCAUAGAGAGACGACUGUUCGAGACCAAAGACAGCAAGCGUCUGCUAGAGAAAUCCCAGCGAAUCGAGGCCAUCCUGGCAUCUCUGCAGGCCAGCGGCGCUGAACCUGAACAGCUGACAGAAGUCGAGGAGAUGAUCACCGCUCCUGAAAAGCAGCAGCUUGAAUCCUUACGGGUUCACAUCAACAAGUUAGAUUCAGCAGAGAAUCAGGUAGAUGAAACUAUCUUUCUGCUAGAGUCCUACAUCAGCUCCACUGCCACACUCACAAGUUGAGUCAGAUGUACGAGCAUUACAACUCAUCCAAAAGACGGAGGGAACUGUUGUCACUACUUUUUAUGAGUGAAUGCUGUCAAGUGUGAGUGUUUUAUAGCUUACAACUGGGAUGUUUCAGUUUGAAGUGGAAUAAAAUUUUAAUUUUUAUUACAUGCAUCAGCAAAUGUAUAAACAGUACAAGAAUAUUUCUUUUCAACACUUUUAAUUCCAUAAUUGAACAAAUGCAAAACUGUA